AUGGGCUUGUGGUGGUUCCCGAGCGCACGGGGGAUCUGUGUUGCGAGCAAUGAGCUGGCCAUGAAGGUAGGAUAUCGUGAGACGCCUGGUGAUCUACAGGAGCAUCAUUGGGACGGAUGGAGCUGCCGGGGUUGGGUGGAUGGGCAUGAAAUCGACGUCCAACGGGACCCGGGGAGGGCUGGACCAUUCUGCGCGAUCGGCCUCUCUGCCCGGCCGGAGUCGCGAUCCUUUGUUCUCGUCGCUCAAACCUCCUCCCUUCUAUUUCCUCAUCAUACCCAUCCCCCUCGCCUCCCUCAACCUUCCGUCGAUCCAAACGCCAUCAUGUCUCGUUCGGGAACCACUCUCUAUGUCAGCGGCUUUGGCCAUGGAACCCGCGCCCGCGAUCUUGCCUACGAGUUCGAACGCUACGGACGUCUCGUUCGUUGUGAUAUUCCGGCGCCCCGUACCCCGUCGAGCCGCCUGUUCGCUUUCGUUGAGUACGAGAGUCGCCGUGAUGCCGAUGAUGCCUAUCACGAGAUGCACAACAAGCGUAUUGGGCGGGAUGAUCUUCUUAAGAUCGAGUGGGCCCGUACGCCGCCUUCUGCGUCCUGGAGAUUCGACUCCGGCCGAGACCGCCGCCGGGACCGUACGCCCCCUCGCCGUGGCCGCUCUCCAUCGCCUCGCCGCAGCCGUGGUGAUUAUUCUCCUCGUCGGGAUGACCGCCCCGAGGACAAGGAUCGUGAUGCUAAGGACGACCGGGACCGACGCGAGGAGGAUCGAGAGCGGCGCGAGGAAGAGCGUGAAAAUGGUCCGAACGGCGAAGAGAGGAAAGUACCCCUGGACCCUAUGCCUACCGCUCAUGAUGAGCUUGAUACUGCUGAGUAG